AUGGCUCCUAAAAGAACUACUAAUUCUACAAAUCCAACUGAAUCUCUCGAUGGAGACUCUGGUGAUGAUACCGGAAUUGACUUGACAAUUGAAAUAAUUGGAAUUGAAGAGCUCCAAAACUAUGGAGUCAAUGUUGCCGAUAUUCAAAAGCUCCGAGCAGCUGGCAUCCACUCCAUCUCGACGGUCUUAUCUACUACCCGGCGCAAUCUCGCCAAAAUCAAAGGGUUUAGUGAAAUCAAGGUUGAAAAGGUCAAAGAAGCAGCUGCCAAAAUCAUUUCUGUAGGAUUUGUAACAGGCACUGAACAAGCCCAGUUGAGGAAAAAGGUACUUUGGCUCUCGACCGGUUCCAAAGCCCUAGAUGGUAUGCUUGGCGGCGGAGUCCAAACAAUGUCACUCACCGAAGUGUUUGGCGAGUUCCGGUGCGGUAAAACUCAACUUGCACACACUCUCUGCGUCUGUGCUCAAUUACCACGAUCUAUGGGAGGUGCUGAGGGUAAAGCGGCAUACAUCGAUACCGAGGGAACGUUCCGGCCAGACCGGAUUGGCAAGAUUGCUGAAAGGUUUGGUGUUGAUCCAGGUAUUUGUCUCGAUAACAUUUCCUAUGCUCGUGCUCUUAAUAGCGAGCACCAAAUGGAACUUAUUGAAGAAAUCGGAGCUAACUUUGCCGAUGGCUCUUACCGCUUACUUGUUAUUGAUUCCAUCAUGGCUCUCUUCCGAGUCGACUACUCGGGUCGUGGUGAACUCAACGAACGUCAACAGAAACUUAACCAAAUGUUGGGGAGACUCACACGACUUGCAGAGGAAUAUAACGUUGCAGUGUUUCUUACAAACCAAGUCCAAUCGGAUCCUGGAGCUUCCGCACUCUUUGCCUCUGCAGAUGGCCGUAAACCUGUUGGCGGUCAUGUUUUGGCACACGCUUCAGCUACCCGCAUUUUGCUACGCAAGGGCCGUGGCGAGGAGCGAGUUGCAAAGCUCCAGGAUUCCCCCGAUAUGCCAGAAAACGAGUGCACUUAUAUUAUUGGAGACGGCGGUAUCACCGACGUAGCUUAA